UAUAUGUCUAAGAACUCAGCACAGUUCCUCCAUGGUCCAUGUUUUAGGCUAUGUGAUUGAGGUUGCUGGGUCCAUCCUCCUUUUUUUUUCUUUCUUUGCCCAUAGUUUCCCUUGGUAGUGUACAAGUGUCCAUUUUGGAUCUGGAAAAGGUUAACGCCCUAGUGGUGAUAGGUUUUAAUUUCUCAAUGAAGACCUUAACUGGAGAGAUGAUGCCUCUGAAGAAAAUGUUGGUUAUGUAUCCAUACCCCCAAAUUCCUACUCCACAUGAACAAAAUAGAAUCUUAGGCGUGGAUGUCCCCUGGAAUCAAGAAACCAUCCGAGGCGAACAGAAAUCUGACUUUGAGGCUUCUCGACAGCGCUUCAGGUUUUUUCGAUACCCAGAAGGAGCUGGUCCUCUUGAGACCCUGAGCCAACUUAGGGAACUUUGUCUUCAAUGGCUAAGACCAGAAAUUCAUACAAAGGAGCAAAUCCUGGAGUUGCUGGUACUGGAACAAUUCCUGACCAUCCUGCCUGGGGAAAUCAGAGCUUGGGUAACAUCACAAAAUCCAAAGAAGAGUGAGGAGGUGGUGGCCUUGGUAGAGGAUCUGGCCCAAAUAUUAGAGGAAGGAGAGGACUCUGCACUUGUCCAGGAGGGGAGCUCUGAGGAGGGACAUAGCUCUAUGUUCCUGACAACCAGGGCCCAGGAAGCACUGACAUUCCAGGAUGUGGCUGUAGACUUUACCUGGGAAGAAUGGGGGCAACUGGACCCUGCUCAGCAGGAUCUGUACAAGGAUGUGAUAUUGGACAACUAUCAGAACCUGAUCUCUCUGGGGCUUCCAGUUUCCAAGCCAGACAUGAUCUCCCAACUGGAGCAAGGGGAAGCACCAUGGGCUCUGAAGAGAGAAGUUGCCAAAGGUUCCUGUCCAGAUUUGGGAACUAAAUGUGACACCAAGGAUUCAAAUUCAAAGCAAAAUAUAUUUGGCGAAAAAUCAUCCCAGGAAAGACUAACAAGGGAUGGUUCUGAGCACUUGGUCAGAGAUUGGAAGUAUGGUGGCAGGUUUGAAACAAAACAGGAGGGGAACUUGGAGAGAAAAUCAAGGCAAGUACUAAUCACCCACAAGAAAAACCCAAAUACAGUGAAAGACCAUGAGUAUAAUACAUUGCAGAGAAAUUACAGUCCAGGAUCAAUCUUUGUGACACAACAAAUUGUGCCUACAGGAAAGACUUUCCAUCAACAUGGCUCACGUGAGAAGACCCUCAAAAAGCUGUCUGACCUAAUUAAACGUAGUAGAAUUGCUUCAGGAAAGGAAUCUUGUAAAUAUAACAAAUGCACUAAAGCCUUUAGUUACCAAUCAGAUAUUACUCAGUAUCCUAAAGUACCCCCUGAAGAGAAAUCCUACACAUAUGAUGAAGACUUUAGUCAAAAGGAAUCCCUGAAUCAACAAGAGAUAAGUAACAUUGCAGAGAAGACUUAUAAUUGUAAUGAGUGUAGGAACAUCUUCAGCCAAAUGGAGUACCUUGCAAACCAGAAGACAAUUAAUACUGGAGAGAAACUUGAUAAAUACAGUGUACAUGGGAAAACCUCUGAUGACUCAUCUCUUACUAAACCUCAGAGGAUUCAUUCAAGGGAAAAAUCUUACAAAUGUGAUGAGUGUGUGAAAGCUUUCAGUAACAAGUCAUCUCUUACUCAACAUCAAAAAAUUCAUACUAGAAAAAGAGGCCAAACAUAUAAUUCACGUGGGAAAACCUUCCAUCAGAACACAAGUCGUAUUCAACAUCAGAAAGUUCAUACAAGAGACAAACCCUAUAAGCAUGAAGAAUGUGGGCGGGCCAUAGGUCAAAAUUCAUCCCUCCCUGAACAUGAAAGAAUUCCUACAGGAAGGAGAGCUUAUAAUUACAAUGAAUGUGGGAAAGCCUUGAGCCAGAAAGGACAUCGUAGUAAACAGAGAAGUAAUACUAGAAAAAGAAUAUGAUAAUUUGUGUGCAUAAAGAUGAGGUCAUGCACCUGACGUGAGAAUACUAGCUUCAGUCUUGGGAAUAGCAAUUAAUAUCUUGAAGUACCCUGGUGUAUCAUGCCUAGAUGAGGGCCCCACAGAAGAAAAUCAGAGGUUAUGAGAGAGCAAGAUGUGGCUUUGGACAAAUUAGAAAGGGAGUGGUUAGGUAAUGUAAGUGUUUAGUUUGGUAGUGCAGGUACAACCACCAAUCAAGCAGUUGGGAGACACACAUACAUAUCAGGAAGCCCCCUGCCCCACACCCUCUAGGUGAUGAGAACCCUCAGGCACUUUUGGUCCAGCUCUACCAUGCAAGUCUUGUGGUGAUUACAGCUUACCAGUCACGACCUAUUUGAGCAGUGCCCGUCAUUGCCACUUUCUCCAGCCUAUCUUGUCCCUAGAACAUAUCUGCCUUCAUAUUAUUGGAGCAUGCUGGCCACUCCUGCAACACAGUUACCAGAAUCCUCAGCCAUUGUAGACUGAGCAAGGCCAAGUAUCGUCCAGCAACUUGCAGAAUCAAUGCUCACUUUGACACCUCCAUGAACCCCGAUGGAAUCUUAUGCAAAUCCAUUCCUGACAUCAUUCAACCCCUCAUCUUAUUCCCCAAGAAUAUCCAGUUAAUCCUGUUAUACUCAAGAAAGCAGCCAUGGAGCCCUCAUGAUCUUUCCUAUUCUGGAAACAUGUCUCAGGUAAUUAGGCAAAUUUAUUUAUGGAUCACAGACUCCCCCAUAUCUUUAUCCAGCUAUCCCAUAAAGCUUUGGGGGUCAAGGAGUAGUAAGAGGGACUAUAUAUACCCCAAGGAAAGGAUGAGGGGUGGGACAAGACUGUCAGUCCCAAUGAUGCUGAAGAAUAUGUAUUACAGAAGCAAGGCCCAGGAAAAUAUGCUAUGAGCAAAGACCAAGUCCAGACCUUUACAGAAGACUUAUUCACAAGGCAAAUGUAAUCAUGAGCUUUAUUACUAUGUGGCACAGCAAUCAGGAAAAACCAAAAGCACCAAUACACGAUAUAGCAACACAGAAAGAUACUGAGCCACACAACGCCAGAGCCAUUCACAAAUGGUAAGCAUAUUCAGUGGCAAAAUCUCAAUGAGAGUACAUGCUCUAAGUGGGGACUGAGGAGCAAAAGUUUAUACCUGAAAGAUGAACUUGGUUGAGAAGAGGUGGUUGGUGCCAGAUAUG